CGGGCGGGAGGGCAAGUUUUUAGACCCAGGGAUUGGGGGCGCUGAACGCGGGGAGACCCCAGGGACAGGAGCACCGAGUCGAUAAACCCGGACAGCACGGAGACAGAGAGGUCCCGGGAAGUGAUAAGCCUUGAUCCGGACCCGGGACCCGAGACCCGAGACCCAGACUGCUGGAGAGGAGAGGCCGACAACCAAUAUCUAGAGCCCCGGCACAAGGCAAGAAGGUGAUUGCGGCUGCUGACGCCGCUUAACCCUUGGAGUCGGAGUCGGGAUCGGGACCCGGGUGCGGGAGUGCUGGAUUAGACGGUGUCCACCCUGGUGGCUGGACCCUCAGGCAUGAAGUGCAAGUGGCUCGUCGUCCACCAGGUCUGCCCCAGCAGCGGAGGAGACGGCCAUCUCCAGAACAGAAGUGAUGCCUCGGUAGCUGUGUGCCAGAAGGAUGUCAGAACCCCGUGCUGCUCCGCCUGUCUGCAGCGUGGCUGUGGGACAUGCUCUCCGGGGUGUGCUGCCCAGACGCUGCUGAGCCCAGCCCAGGGGAGAGAUUCCUUGUCCGAGGACAGUGGCUACUCCUCUCUGCUGAGUGUCUCCUCCCCGGCCGCCAAGGAAGAUGGCAGCCUGACGCCCAAGGGUGAUCUCGGAGCAGGGCAACACUGGGACCAGAGUCAGGCAAGUGAGGAGGAGGCUGCUCAGGAGCCCGGUAGGAAGGCGGUGAGAACAGGCCAGUGGCACCUGCUGCCCGCCCUGCAGGUGGGGAGGGCAGUGUGCCAAAACGUGAGGCAGGCCAAGGGUCUUCAUCCUGGCAGCUACUCCCCCACUCGCGGCCAGACCUUCCCUAUUGAUCGCCUCAUCGGCCGGAAGAUGGGCCUAGAGCACGUGGACAUCUGGGCCGAACUGUGGGAGAGGGGCUUCCUGUGCAUCCUGAGAAGAAUCCUGCUUUUUCUCUCCCCCACUGAUCUGUUCAGCUGCGUCAAGGUGUGCAAGAUGUGGAAGAGGAUCAUCCGUAGCGACAGAAGAGCAAACCAGACCCUCAAGAAGGCUUCUCGUUUACAAAAAUUGGAAGCCUCCAAACGGGAGAGGGUAGCAUCACGCGGCGCCCUCGUGUCCAUCCAGCACCAGAGUGGGGACAGUGUUUUGUCGAAGUUGUGGCCCUCUCGUCAGCCCAAGGUUGGAGGCGACUCCCAGAAAAGCAUCCGGCACCAGCAGGUGGUGAAGACCUUGAGGCAGGAUGAGGUGCUGAAGAUGUGCCCGCUGUGCUCAUUUCCCGCCAAGUUCCUGCCCUACCAGGAGCGGGCAGUGUGCACCAGCGAUCUCUGCUCCUACGACUACUGCUCCCUGUGCCUGAGUUCCUUCCACGGCUCCAAGUCCUGCAUCCGGCGUAGCUUCCACAGCGGCUCGCGGGCGCAGGCAGCCGUGGGAAGCAAGCGCAGCAAGCAAAACCUGCGGAGACUCUGACCACCGCCAUGCGCGCGCCGUGGCGGUCACUCAACUGAUCUAAUUGUAAUCACUGUAAAUGUAUAUUUGUUUAGUAGCAUCAGGAAGGAUAACAGAAAAAAAGAAACAUUUUAUGGGAAAUGUGAAGUUUUAAGAAUUCUAUGCACAACGUUUAAAAAUUAAUAUAUGAAUUACAAAAAGGUUCUGAAUGAAGAAAGAUAGUUUUAGGCAUUCAUAGUUGAAGCUGCAGUAUAUUUUACUAUUGAGUUUUGAUGCAUUUAUUUAUAAUGGGUGUUCAUUUUACGCGGAGCCAGAAUAUAUAUAUAUUUACUGUCCUUUAAUUGUCUUCUCAG